AUGAAGUUAGCAUCAUUCUAUUUAGAUGGACAAGCAGAUAUGUGGUGGAAGACUGUGAAAAAUAUUGCUCAACGACCUGAUUUUACUUGGGAUAAGUUCCUUGAGAAAUUACGGGAAAGGUUUUAUCCUACAUCACUUCAGACUAAGAAGGAGUGUGAAAUCCUUACCUUACGUCAGGGACUGCCCGAAACGGCUAAGAAGAAUAUGAAGGAAGCUGGAUAUGUAAGAACACAAACUGGACCUAGCAGAUUCGGAAUGAGUAAUGCAAAAGGGAACCAAGGAGGAUCGACUUUUAAUCGCAAUAAUCAAGAAGGAUCGUAUGCGAAUCCAGGGAAGGUAGCUGGAAUGUCGUGGGCAUUGAAGGAGAGCCACAACCCGAGGUAUUAUGAUGUAAUUUUGGGAAUGGACUGGCUUAGUAAAUAUGAAGCUGUAAUUGAAUGUGAAGCACAGACGAUCCAGUUAAAAACUCCACAAGGUGGUAAAAUCGUAUAUCAAGGAGUUAUGAAGAAAUCGAGAGUGAAAAUUGUUUCCAUGAUGAAGAUUGCUAAGGAGAAGGAAUUUAAUAUGCGACAGCGAAGGUGGUUGGAAUUGAUCAAGGACUAUGAGAUAGACAUCCAAUAUCAUCCAGGAAAAGCCAAUCGAGUAGUUGAUGCUCUAUGUCGAAUACCUAGAAGAAUGGUGAAUGGACUCAUUUCUGUACCACAAGAAAUUUAUGAGGAGAUGAGGAGAUUAGACUUGGUCAUUGUACAAAAAGGAGAGCCUCAAGGAUUGCCUCGCUCAAGAAAGUCAAAAGAUUCCAUAUGGGUGAUUGUGGACAGACUGGCAAAGACGGGUAGAUUUAUUGCCAUAAAGACUACUUGGACGAUGAAGCAGAUGGCAGAUGCAUAUAUUCGAGAGAUCAUACGAUUGCAUGGUACCCCGCGAACUAUAAUCUCCGAUAGGGUUACUCGUUUUAUUCCAUUUUUGGGGGAAGUUACAAGAAGCAUUUGGAACACGGCUAAAUAUGAUCACAACAUUUUAUCCGUCUAG